UGUUAUCACGACUGGUGGUUCGCAACCGGUUGUUUAUUUUUAUAGAUUUUUAAAUAAAAGUCCUGCAGGAUCAUGUCGAGACGAGGACUUCUGUUAAUGGGUCAGUGCAUGCCCUGCGUCAAGCAGAAUGCCUCCAAGAUCCGCAUUCGCCGCAUGGAAAUGGACAAGAAUCUGAAUAUGUAUUUUAAAAAGGACGAGUUCUACUUCGCCCACGAUCCCCAGAAGGUGUGCAAAACCGGGGAUGUGGUCCUGAUCCGGGAGCUCCCCGAGCGACUCACCCGCCUCAUCACGCACAACGUGGAAAAGGUCGUCUAUCCGCUGGGUGACAUAACCGAUCCCCUCACUGGAAAGAAGGUGGUCGUGGGCAAGUACCGCGAGGAUAUCGAGAUGGCCAACCAGCUGUUCGGCAAGGCGGAGAAGGCCUUCGACUACGAGAAGGCUCCGCCACGAGGUCGCCUCGAGGGAACGAAGGACUUCACCCACGGAGAGACCUACAUCAAGUACCACGAGGAUGGCAAGGACCAGCCGUUCGCCGUAUAGAAGACCAUUGGUCGUUUAUCUGUUAAGUUUCCCAUUUGAUUAAUAGUAAAGUGCAUUAAUUCGUCAUAGA